AUGUUGAACUUUAGCAAAUGGCCUCUGCUCCUGUUGUUGAGCACAGAGGAACUUGCCACCAUCCAACAGGUCUAUGUCUUUGGAGCAUCUGCUAAUGAAGCUAUCUACAUCACAAACGACAACAAGGUAUUUGUGUUAGGCCAUAACUGCAGUGGCUGCCUUGGACCAGGAGACGGUUUAAACACCAUUGUGCCGAAGCAACUCAGGUGCCUGGAGGGGAAAAAGGUGGUUAGCUUGAGUUAUGGCAGUAGCCAACACAUCCUACUGGCAACAGAGGAUGGGAAGGUAUUUGCUUGUGGGGACAAUGUUUUCACCCAACUGCGGGGCGGGACGCCCAAAUGCGAGCUGUCCCUGGCGCUGGUCACUGCCAACAUUCUGAACAUGAAAGUCAAAGAAGUGGCAUGUGGUUCUCAUCACUCCAUGGUCCUCACGGAGGAUGGAGAGGUCUUUGCAUGGGGUCUUAAUAACCGCGGCCAGGUGGGUUCACAUACCGUGAAAUUCGUGCCAUUCCCUGUAAAGUUGGGCGGCACGUUGCGGGGUGAAACGGUGAUCGGCAUCACGUGCGGACAAUCCUCUUCCAUGGCUCUGCUAGAUAACGGAGAGAUUCACGGAUGGGGCAACAAUGACAAUGGGCAGCUGGGUGUUGGUAAGAACAAAAAAAAGGUGAUGUUGCCUUGCCGCCUGUCUGCUCUGCAGGAGUCUUGUAUAAAGCAGGUCGUGUCAGGCUAUGGCCACUCCCUUGCUGUAACAGAUAAAGGACUGCUUUAUUCAUGGGGCGCAAACACUUUUGGACAGCUGGGAAUUGGUGACAAGAACAAUUGUUUUAGCCCAGUGCAAGUUAUGGCUGAUGAAGAGAGGUUUGUCGAGGUGGCCGCGUGCAAUUCGACCAACACGUCGGCGGCAGAGACCCAGAGCGGCCAUGUGUAUAUGUGGGGUCAGUGUCGGGGUCAAGCCGUCGUCACGCCGCGCCUCACCCACUUCACCAACACGGAUGACGUGUUUGCCUGUGUCGCGUCCCCCCCGGUCAUGUGGAGGUUGAUGUCAGUGGAGCACGACGACUCCCUGCCAGUCGCAGAGGCGCUGAAGAACGAAUUUGACAGUCCAGAAACGGCAGACUUCAAGUUUAUCGUCGAAGGCAAAUGCAUCCACGUUCACAAAGCUGUGCUUAAGAUCAGGUGUGUACUCCUCACUGUGCAAAUGUUUUCAAGGUGUGAGCAUUUCCGCUCAAUGUUCCGGUCCCCGUGGGUGGAAAGUCAUCAGGAAGUGAUUGAGAUCAGCCAAUUCUCGUAUACCAUCUACCACUCCUUCCUGCAGUUCCUCUACACAGACACUGUUGACCUUCCACCUGAGGACGCUAUCGGCCUGCUGGACCUGGCCACCUCCUACUGUGAGAGUCGCCUGAAGCAUCUGAGUCAGCAGAUCGUCAAGGGAGGAAUCACCAUCCAAAACGCCUUUGCCCUCUUUUUAUCUGCCAAACAAUUUGAUGCCGAGGACCUGGAGGAAUUUUGCUUCCGAUUUUGUAUCAGGCAUCUCACUCAGGUGACUCAGACGCCAACCUUCAGUCAAGUUGACGGAAACGUGCUCAAAGGGUUCAUCAUCAGAGCAAGCUAUGCUGGUGCCUUCAGGUACUAGUUCUCUCUGUUUAGUAUGCUUUAGAAAAUGUUGGAUGAGCCAGAGGCACAGCACCUGAGACGUCUUCAGGACUUUUGUACUAACUGCAGUCUGGAAACGGAACUUCUGUUUUGGUUCGGUGGUUAGGCUAUGUGGUAGAUUGGAUCGAGCACUCGAGUGCUCGACUGUGUUGGUCUGUCUGGAUUGGAGAUGCAGGGAUCGUGUGGCGAGGGCUGUGUUUAGUCGUGACAGAGCACCCAGUAAAGAUCGGCUCGUACUGCA